AUGUCUAUCGAAAACACAAUACUUUCGAUUGAUAAUCAACUAUCAACAUCGUUCAAUGAAAUCGCUGAUAUUGAAGUUGAAAAUUUCUUUGGUUGCUAUUUAUUAAAUAGUUUGAAUCCAGCUUGUAAAGGUCGGACUUAUAUUGGUUUUACUGUUGAUCCUCAUCGACGAAUAAAACAACAUAAUAAAGGCAAAGAUUUUGGAGGAGCAAAAAAGACCAGUGGAAAAGGACCAUGGGAAAUGGUCUUAAUUGUACAUGGCUUUCCAAAUGAAAUAACAGCAUUACGCUUUGAAUGGGCAUGGCAAAAUCCUGAACAAUCUAUACGUCUUAAACAUUUAAAUUUAUCAAAAAACAAAAGGAAACACACUUUACAAUUUAAAUUGAAAAUUCUUGCUGAAAUGCUUUGUAUUGGUCCAUGGGCACGUUUGCCACUUACAGUUCGAUGGUUAUCAGACAAAAAACAAGUACUAGAACGAAUGCCACCAUUGCAUAUGCCUAUAACAAGUGGACCAAUUAAUGUUUCCAAACAAACGAAUACAAUACCAUCGAAACGAAAAAAAACGAACAAGCAAACUUUACCAAUAAAUGACGAUUCACGAUGUUUUAGUUCUUGUUCGUUAUGUAACAAUAUUAUACAACCACCAAUGCACGUAUCUUGCCCAAAAUGUUCUAUAUCUUUUCAUAUUAUAUGUUUAUCAAAAUGUUUUCUUAAGAAUACUGAAGAACAUUAUAUUAUUCCUAUUGAUGGUUUAUGUCCUUCUUGUAAAAAGAAUUUACUAUGGGGUGAAAUUAUACAAAAUAAAUAUACAAAUAGAUCAUGUGCAUUACCAAUAGUCACACAUUCUGAUGAAUCAGAUGACGAUGACGAUGUUAUUCAGUAA